GAGAGUUUUUUUUUACAGAUUCUGUGGACGCCAUGGAUGUACCUAGCUCUUGGGAUGCUUUACGGAAACAGGCUAGAAAGAUUGAAGCUCAGCUUGAUGAGCAGAUGCAUUCUUAUCGUAGACUUGUUUCCACUAAGCCUUUAUCUAAGUUAGAUGGCACUGAGAGUGAUCUUGAAGCUGGUAUUGACUUACUUCUUAGACAACUACAACAAGUUAACGCCCAGAUGCAAGCUUGGGUCUCUUCAGGCGGAUCAGAAAUGGUCUCACAUACUUUAACUCGACAUCAAGAGAUCCUUCAGGAUCUUACUCAGGAAUUUUAUCGACACCGCUCCAGUCUUAAAGCAAAACAAGAGCAUGCUUCACUUCUUGACGACUUUAGGGAAUUUGAUCGGACUAGAUUAGAUUUAGAAGCUGGGGAUGGCUCUGAACAGUCCUUGCUCAAGGAACAUAUGGGAAUCAACCGCAAUACAGCGCAGAUGGAUGGUGUCAUUUCACAAGCUCAGGCCACACUCGGUACACUAGUCUUUCAACGUUCAACUUUUGGAGGCAUCAACUCAAAGCUUAGCAAUGUCGCCAGCCGUCUACCCACGGUCAACACUAUUCUGUCAGCGAUUAAGAGGAAAAAGUCGAUGGAUACAAUCAUUCUUUCUCUAGUUGCGGCUGUAUGCACAUUUCUCAUAUUCAUUUACUGGAUAACCAAGUAAAAUUUGCCCAUUUCUUUCGUUUGAUCUCUAUGUUGGGCCACGUUUGGUUUUCCCAUGGUGUUAAUUUGUUCUGCAAUUAUCGGUGUUCUAGUAAAAGAUCAAAAACAUAAAUAUUAUGUACAGCAAAUUUCGUCCCUGACUUUGCAGUUUAGACGAGGUUUCUAUUUUGGAGAUGUCA